GUAUUGGAACUCUCUGAGUAACCUGGUGGCAUCGCUGCUUAACUCUGUUCGCUCCAUCGCCUCCCUGUUACUGCUACUCUUCCUCUUCAUCAUCAUCUUCAGCCUGCUCGGCAUGCAGCUCUUCGGAGGCAAGUUCAACUUCGAUGAGACGCGCCGGUCAACCUUCGACAACUUCCCCCAGUCGCUGCUCACCGUCUUUCAGAUCCUGACAGGUGAGGACUGGAACUCAGUGAUGUAUGACGGCAUCAUGGCCUACGGAGGGGCGUCCUUCCCAGGGAUGCUGGUCUGUAUCUACUUCAUCAUCCUGUUCAUCUGUGGAAACUAUAUCCUCCUGAAUGUCUUCUUGGCCAUCGCCGUGGACAACCUGGCUGAUGCUGAGAGUCUGACGUCAGCACAGAAGGAGGAGGAGGAGGAGAAGGAGAGGAAGAAGCUGGCCAGAACGGCCAGUCCGGAGAAGCGCCAUGUUAACGAAAAGCCCCCGAUGAUCGAGGUAGAAGAGAAGAAGGAGGAGAAGAUUGAGCUGAAGUCCAUCACCUCAGACGGAGAGACAACCAAUGCCACCAAGAUCAACAUUGAUGAGUACCAGGUAGAUGUGAAUGAAGAGAAGAACCCGUAUCCAGCUAAUGAUUUUAGUUCCACUGUACCGGUGAUAAAAAGAGAGGAUGAGGACCCUGAGAUGCCUGUGGGCCCCCGGCCUCGGCCCCUGUCUGACAUUCAGCUGAAGGAGAAGGCUAUUCCCAUGCCUGAGGCCCGGGCUUUCUUCAUCUUCAGCAACACCAACAAGUUCAGGGUUCUGUGCCAUAAGAUGGUGAACCACAACAUCUUCACCAACCUCAUCCUGUUCUUCAUUCUACUGAGCAGUAUCUCUCUGGCAGCAGAGGACCCUGUCCGGAACGACUCCUUCAGGAACCAGAUAUUAGGCUAUGCAGACCACGUCUUCACUGGGCUCUUCACCAUGGAGAUCAUUCUGAAGAUGACAGCGUACGGGGCGUUCAUCCACAAGGGUUCGUUCUGUCGGAACUACUUCAACAUCCUGGAUCUGGUUGUGGUCAGCGUGUCGCUCAUCUCCUCUGGAAUACAGUCCAGUGCCAUCAACGUGGUGAAGAUCCUUCGUGUUCUCAGAGUGCUUCGGCCCCUGAGGGCUAUCAACAGGGCCAAGGGCCUCAAACAUGUGGUCCAGUGUGUGUUCGUGGCCAUCCGAACCAUCGGAAACAUCGUGAUCGUCACCUCUCUGCUGCAGUUCAUGUUCGCCUGCAUCGGAGUACAACUCUUCAAGGGGAAGUUUUUCUACUGCUCAGACAGCUCCAAGUCUACAGAGCCUGAAUGCAGGGGUUCGUACAUCAUGUAUAAGGACGGGGAUGUGGGGAAGCCAGAGAGGUCCAUGCGUGUCUGGGAGAACAGUGACUUCAACUUUGACGACGUGCUCCAAGGGAUGAUGGCUCUGUUCGCUGUCUCCACCUUCGAAGGAUGGCCAGCACUCCUGUACCGGGCCAUAGACUCCCAUUCAGAGGACCUAGGCCCUGUCUACAACUACAGAGUGGUCGUAUCCAUCUUCUUCAUCAUCUACAUCAUCAUCAUUGCCUUCUUCAUGAUGAACAUCUUCGUCGGUUUCGUCAUUGUCACCUUUCAGGAGCAGGGAGAGCAGGAGUACAAGAACUGUGAACUGGACAAGAACCAGCGUCAGUGUGUGGAAUAUGCCCUGAAGGCCCGUCCCCUACGUCGGUACAUCCCUAAGAACCAGUACCAGUACAAGGUGUGGUACGUGGUCAACUCCACCUACUUUGAGUACCUGAUGUUUACCCUCAUCCUGCUGAACACCAUCUGCCUGGCCAUGCAGCAUCACGGCCAGACCCACUCCUUCAACGAUGCGAUGAACAUCCUCAACAUGCUCUUCACCGGCCUUUUCACUGUGGAGAUGAUCCUUAAACUCAUCGCCUUCAAACCACGGGGUUACUUUAGUGAUCCUUGGAAUGUUUUUGACUUCCUCAUCGUAAUUGGCAGCAUAAUAGACGUCAUUCUGAGUGAGAUCAACCCAGCUGAUUCCUCUACCACCUCCUCCUCCCAACCCCCCGCGGGACUACAAAACUCUGAAGAUAACGCCAGGAUCUCCAUCACCUUCUUCCGGCUGUUCAGAGUGAUGAGGCUGGUCAAACUGCUGUCUCGGGGAGAAGGGAUACGGACCCUGCUGUGGACCUUCAUCAAGUCCUUUCAAGCCCUCCCCUAUGUAGCACUGCUCAUAGUGAUGCUCUUUUUCAUCUACGCCGUCAUUGGGAUGCAGAUGUUUGGUAAGAUAGCCCUGAGGGACAACAGUCAGAUCAACAGGAACAACAACUUCCAGACCUUCCCCCAGGCUACACUCCUGCUCUUCAGGUGUGCCACAGGCGAGGCGUGGCAGGAGAUCAUGCUGGCAUGCGCCCCCAUGCGACCCUGUGAGAAGGGGUCAGAGGUGGGACCAGCCAGCGAGGACCAGUGUGGGAGUCACUUCGCUAUCUUCUACUUCGUCAGCUUCUACAUGCUCUGUGCCUUCCUGAUCAUCAACCUGUUUGUAGCUGUGAUCAUGGAUAACUUUGACUACCUGACCAGAGACUGGUCUAUUCUAGGACCUCACCACCUGGAUGAGUUCAAGAGGAUCUGGGCUGAGUACGACCCAGAGGCCAAGGGUCGUAUCAAGCACCUAGAUGUGGUAACUCUGUUGAGGAGGAUUCAGCCUCCUUUGGGCUUCGGGAAGCUCUGUCCCCACCGGGUGGCCUGCAAGCGUCUGGUCUCCAUGAACAUGCCCCUGAACAGCGAUGGCACGGUCAUGUUCAAUGCCACCCUGUUUGCCCUGGUGCGGACAGCACUGAGGAUCAAGACUGAUGGUAACUUGGAGCAGGCGAACGAGGAGCUCCGGGCCAUAGUGAAGAAGAUCUGGAAGAGAACCAGUAUGAAGCUGCUGGAUCAGGUGGUGCCCCCUGCUGGAGAUGAUGAGGUGACGGUUGGGAAGUUCUACGCUACGUUCCUGAUCCAGGAGUACUUCAGGAAGUUUAAGAAGCGUAAAGAGCAGGGCCUGGUGGCCAAGGUGCCCCCCAAGACGGCUCUCUCCCUGCAGGCGGGCCUGCGGACGCUCCAUGACAUGGGUCCUGAGAUCCGGAGGGCCAUAUCAGGUGACCUCACAGUGGAGGAGGACCUGGACAAGUCGAUGAAGGAGCCGGUCUCGGCUGCGUCCGAGGACGAUAUCUUCAGGCGAGCGGGUGGGUUGUUCGGCAACCACGUCAGCUACUACAACGACGGGCGUGACAGCGGACGCAACACCUUUCCACAAUCCUUCACCACGCAGCGCCCGCUUCCACAUCAGCCAGACGGGCAGCCGGCGAGGGCGAUUCCCCCGUCCCACGAGAUUGAUGGACUCUACCACCUUCACCCCAGCUCCUACUCUUCCUCGGGCUCCAACGCUAACAUCAACAAUGCCAACAACACGGCGGUCCCCGGUGUGGUAGUGGGGUUGGUGGUCCAGGGGGUCAGCCGUUUCCCCCAGCCCCAGCAUCAGUACUGUGGACGGGCAGAGCGGACCCCGCUAACCCCCGAUACUACUGCCGAGGUCUACAUGGUGCUUCCCUCCCAAGAGGCGGGUGCCUCUGGUUUUCUCUGGGUUCUGUAG